CAGGGGUUCUGGACAGAUCUCCAAAGAAACGGAAGAAACAAGACCAGAAGAAGUUAGCAGUUAGUCAGAAUGUAGUCAGAGAAGAAUGUGCUUUGGUAGAUGAAGAAAAUACCAAGAAAAAGGAAUAUCUGAGCAGCUCUGCUAAUGGAAGAAUUGAAGAGGUGAAUGUAAACCAGAGAGAAGUGAAAGUUACUGUAAAGAUUGAUCCAUCAGAAGGAGAAACCAAAAGUGAUUGUCAAAAAUCAAUUCCUGAAUCCGUAAGUCUUCCCUCUAGCAUUGAGACUAUGGAAAAAGAUAAGAUUUUUGCCUCAGGAAAAGCUGAUAGUUAUAAUAAUGAUCACUUAGACUCUGGGCUCUUCCCAGAAUCACCUGAAUGUCAGAGAAAUGUCCAGGUUAUGAAACCAGGAAUCUUUUUGAAGCCGUCAAUUGUGACUACAGAAUCUAAUAGAAGUCAGGAGUUGGUAGAACAUAACAGUUUUGAUUUAAGUUGUAAGCAGUUACCAGUGAAGAAGUGUAUUGAAGCUGUAAAUGUUGAAAUUGUCUCUGAUGGGAAACUUGAAAAGCUUGCUUCAAGAGUACAAGAUAAGCCAGACAGUCAAUUAGGAAUAAAAUCAGCCAUCAUACAUGUAAAUAAAUAUCCAUUAAACCAUUUUCAUACAAAUUAUUUACACAAAGAGAGUAUGUAUCAUCAAGACCAUUCGCAUUCUGUGCUUAGUCCACAGUCAAUAAAUAUUGCUAUACUGCCUGGUAAUGAACAUUCAAGAGAUUUAAACAAAUGUACAAGCAGUCUUUCUCCAGUGUCAUCUGCUCCAGAAAUAGCAUCAGAUGUUCUUAUUCUUGAAGGCAAGGAUUCAAGCACUGAUCAUGUUGAGAAAGGCUGGUGGUUGUGGAUCUUUGCUGAUGGCUGGGCAGAUAUCUGGACAUGGCUGGAAAACCUUCUUGAUGAACUCUUCCCACCAGUUCAUGGUAUUCAGGAAGAAACCCCAGAUAACACUAAGGCAAGGUGUUCUCAUGAUCCAAAGAGCAAAAGCUAAUCUGGCACACCCAUUGCUUAUCUUCCUGCUAGUCUUUGUCAGAUGGUGACUUUGCCCAGUCUGUUAAUAUUACUUUUGUGCCUAUAAAAGCUGGAUAUAUAGUAUCUUUACAUAAAGGAGGAAAGCAAUGGAAAUCUGAAAAAAAUGAAUGAAUGGAUUGCCUCAUCAUAGCAGGAUAAGAUGAUAUGUCAAUUUUCAUACAAUAAGUAUUACCCAGGUGUCUUGAAAUUGAUGAAUGUUUGUAAUUUUGCUGCCUGCUUUGUCAUCUCAGAAUGAUGUAUAUGAAUGUAAAUUUUAGAGUAAUAAAUAUGGAAUAUA